AUGUUGCGCAAGGAACUAUCUCCAAUCUUUGUAUCUCCCGAGUCCCCAACAGCCUCAGGUAGGAUGAGCUCCGGAAGCUUGAUCAUCGACAACGCAGACACUCAAGUCCAUUACUCUCCCGGUUGGAAAGCAAAUGGUUCACCUAACGAGUACAAGCACACAACCAGCAACACUGAGACGCAAGGAGCGUCCUUUACUUUCAAUUUUGUUGGCACCUCUGUUGCAGUUUACGGCACAUUGAACGACAUAACAUUCCCUAACACCACCUACGUCUUGGAUGGCGGCAAUCCUUACCCCUUCUUCGGCCAACCCGCACCACUAGUCCAAUACCAACAAAUAUUCUACUCCAGUCCCGUUCUACCAUAUGGCGAACACACACUUGUUGGGACUUGCACGGACGAAGGCGCUAAUGUUAUUCUGGAUUACCUGGUGGUCGAGAUGCCACUCAAUUCGGCAACAAAUGCUAGUUCGCCAACACCAACACCAACUACAGCAGUUCCUGCAAACCCGCAACCGACAUCCUUAACCAUCGCAAUUGUCGGUGGUGUUCUUGGAGGGUUAUUGCUCUUGAUGACCAUCCUGGCGUUGUACCUGUGGUACCGUCAGUUUCAAGGCCGGAGAUCAAGAACAUCCUUCAUGAGCGCUGAGAAAGGGAUGAAACCCCGCUUCCUCAGUGCUGAUGGGGGCUCGUCUGUAUAUCCUGUCCAUCAACAUCGUGGGGGAGACGAUCAUGAUGAGGAUGAUGUCGAAACACCCCAUCAUGAUGUCGUGGUGGCCGUUGCGGUCCACAAGCCCCCUCUCCCACUAUGGCACCAACCGGUACCCCCACCCUCAUACGCCAUGUAG